UUUCUGAUGAGCCAACUGUGCUUCACUGUUGUUAGUGAUUGCAACAGCCAUGGAGGAAGAUCUGAUUGUGGGCUUUAUUGGUGCAGGAAAAAUGGCUUUUGGAAUUGCCAAAGGGCUCUUGGUGUCAGGAAAUGUGAAACCUGAGAAGGUGAUGGCUUCAGCUCCAUCAAACAACAACUUAUACAAAUUCAAGGAAGCUGGGAUGAAGACAACGCACUGUAAUACCUCAGUGGUGAAGAGCUGCAAUGUCCUCUUUCUGAGCGUCAAGCCUCCCAUUCUGCCUGAAGUCCUGAGAGACAUAGCUCCAUUUGUCACACCAACUCACCUCAUCGUCUCUGUGGCAGCUGGGGUUACCAUAGAAACACUGGAAAAAUUCCUGCCUGUUGGGACCAAGGUGUUGCGAAUGAUGCCAAACCUCCCGUGCGUAGUGCAGCAGGGCUCAAUGGUGUUUUGCCGUGGAAGCAAUGCUGGGGAUCCGGAAGCCGCUCUCCUGAAGAGCCUUGUGUCUCCCUGUGGACUGUGUGAAGAAACUCCAGAAUCUUACGUGGACAUCCACACUGGGAUCAGUGGGAGCGGAGUGGCAUAUGUUUACCUGUUUGCCGAGGCUCUAACAGAGGGAGGUAUUAAAAUGGGAAUGCCAUAUGACUUGUCAAAGAAACUUGUAGCUCACACGCUGCUGGGAGCUGCAAAGAUGAUCCUGGAGACGGGAGACCACCCAGGAAAACUGAAGACUGAUGUCUGCACGCCAGGUGGGACAACCAUCAACGGCGUUUAUGAGCUGGAGAAGGGAAACCUACGCUGCACCGUCAUGAACGCUGUAGAAGCUGCGACAAACCGGGCUCGCGAGUUGGGUAAAAAGUAGUCACGGCGAUUCUGGAAGCACAGUGGCGGUGGGGGGAUGCUCCCAGAACCAUUCUGCAUUUCUAUGGGCUUUACAAUGCUUGUCUUCAAUGUCUGGAGCCCGGAGGGAUUAAAGAGUGUAAUUUAUUUCAUUUGAGGUUCGAGGCACAUCUGAAAUGCAAUUAAAAUAUAAACUACAUAAAGCAACUUCUAACAUAAACUGGGACUGGAUUACUUGUGGAGAACCAGAUCCGAGGGUACAACGACCUGUACUCUCCUUAAUGCUGAUACUGGGAGAAGUGGGAAAGCAUUGCAUUGCUUCACGUUGGGAAGUGCAAAUAUCAAAGAAAUACAGCGGAACAUACAGAAUCUGGUUCACUUCUGGAUAUAUUUGUAUUUAAAUUCACAUUGAAGUACGGAUGUUCUCACAGAGUUGGUUUUGCAUCAUCUCGUUCCAGCAGCCAAAGUUUGUGGGAGAGAGCUGCUGUCUUCCUCUGUUUUAUGAAAUGUUGAAAGCAAAUCAAAAAACUUAAUGUUUUAAAACUCAGCAGGGUUUUCUUUGCUGGUUUUAUAAGAAUAUGAAUUUUGUUAACUGAUUAGAAAUCUUGGAACCAGGGCUCCCUCCCUGCAAGGACCUUCCGUCGAUAUAAGAUUAGAAGACUGCUCCAUAGCAGUCCUUGGGCUGCUCUGUAGUUGCCAAUCCCUGCGAUGGAGCUGAUCCAAGGUGCUUUUAAUCAGUGAUGCUGUGAGCAGGGAGGAAGAGAGACCAAACUGGAGUCUGCUUGCAGCUAUAUAAAAUUUACAUGGUUACAGUCAUUCCUGUUGAAUCCAUUGUAAAAUGGAGGGAAUAACCACCCCAAGGCUUUCUCUCCCCAUUUGUUUUCAAGUUGAUUGAAAAUUCCUAAUGCUGCUAAGAAGGUUCCAUUCCAUUUGUUGCAGUUUUAUUUGUGCUCUGUUACUGCUAGUCAUGCUCCUGUGCUGUUUAUCAAAAACUCUGAGAACAUAAAAUACUCAUCAUCA